AUGCCCUUUCUUCGCACCAAGCGUGGAACUCCGGCCAGCGAGUCUGAGUUGCGCCGCUCAGCCCUCGACCCAGAUCAGGUCCAGGACCCCAAAGAACCGCCCUUGAGGUCCACCACCUCAAACGUCGAACUGCCUCAACUACAGUUGUUGCGCUUCGACUCCCACACCUCAGCUGACGCUGACGCCGCUCCUGCUAAUGGCUCGACUCCUGCCAUACCUGCUCCUCCUGUCACCCCUCCGCACGACAGUCCCUCGUCUUCCGCCGCCGCCGAGAACGCCCUCUCCGUCCCUCCUCGAGACCCCAUAGACCGUCCCGACUCGCCGCCGAUCCAAGACGAGACACCAAAACACCGCCGCUUCUCCAUGUUGAGGUUUCGCAAUGCCUCCGACUCCCAGCUGUCGGCCAGGGCCAAGAAGCAGGCCCAUAUUGACGAGUCCGCGCCCCCUGUGCCACGGCCACCCCCGGAGAUCAUAACCACCGCCCCGACAGUCGAGUUUGGUGCCGUCCCUAGGAAACCAUCUCGCAUGUUUGGUCGUCUCAGGCGUUCUGGAGAGGAGAUGCGGGUCGAUCAGCAGCAGCAGCAGCAGCAGCAACAGCAGCAACAACAACAACAACAACCACAACAGCGGCCUUCGACUCAGGGACUUAGCAAGAAAGACAGGCGAAAAUCCUUCCUACCAGGCGUGUCCUCCAACGGCAAAAUGUCUAUAAGUAUAGAGGAACCAAAGCGACCAAAAUCGUCAAACGCACCAUUGACCAAUGGCGCCGUUCAGCACCCUCCGCUUCCACUCCCUGGGACAAGCUCUCUUCCGGCCAAAAUCUACGAACAGUGGUGCUUCUUCUCCAACAAGAUCACAAAUGAACUUGCGAGGGAGGUCGUCGACUAUGAGUUCACUGGGACGGGAUCUCUGCGUCAAGGAACGGGCACACCUGCCACACCGGGGUCCAACACUUCCAAGGAUAACUCGCUCAAUAUUCAGAGAGAAUCUGUCGUCUUGCCUGAACGCCGGGAGGACGAGAACCCUGGGAGAUAUCUCGAGCGCCUGGAGGAGGUCGCAAGUCGUAGCGUCAUAGCUGCGGCGAUUUCAAAAAGCUCGGACGCCUUCUCCCUCGCUGUCCUUCGGAGCUACAUGCGAAGGUUUGGCUUCUUCGGUGACCCCAUGGACAUGGCUAUAAGGAAGCUGUUGAUGUCCGCGGAGCUACCUAAGGAGACGCAGCACAUUGAUCGUUUCCUGCAAGCUUUCGCAAACCGCUAUCAUGAAUGCAACCCCGGGAUUUAUGCAAACCCGGACCAGGCGUAUUUCAUAGCCUUUUCGAUUUUGAUACUGCAUACCGACGUUUUCAACAAGAACAACAAACACAAAAUGCAGAAACCCGACUAUAUCAAGAAUACCAAGGGGGAAGGAAUCUUCGACGAAAUCCUCGAGGUCUUCUACGACAACAUCACCUACACGCCUUUCAUCCACGUCGAGGACGAUUUGGACAUGAAUGGAGACCGAAUGACUGCCCACAAGGUCUCCAAAAAGAAAUCCAUAUUGCCCAAUGCUAACGCGCCAGAUGCCGCAAGCAAACGAGCCGCCAAGGAGCCCAUUGAUCCCUAUACCAUCAUUUUGGACAACAGACUUGACAUUCUGCGGCCAAAUUUGAAGGACGUGAUGUACCUGGAUGAUCACUUCAGUUACCUUGGGACGGCCCAGAGCUUAAACCUAAAGGAACUGCAGAGGACCUUCUUCAGGACUGGGAUUCUGCAGAUCGUGUCAGCAAGGUCCCGUCCUGAUGCCUUCAUGACCGAGAAGACCGCUACAAACCCCCAGGAGGCCCAGCCCGGCGUCGUUGACAUAAAGGUCACGAAAGUGGGUCUCCUGUGGCGCAAGGACGUGAAGAAGAAAAAGACGAGAUCACCGUGGCAAGAAUGGGGUGCUAUUCUCACUGGGGCGCAGCUGUAUUUCUUUCGCAACACAGCCUGGGUCAAAAACCUCAUGCACCAAUAUGACGCCCAUGUCAAGCAAGGCCACGAUGCCAUGCCGAUCAUAUUCAAGCCGCCACUGGAGACUUUCAAGCCGGACGCCCUGAUGUCCACUGACGGCGCAGUCUCGCUGUUGGAUGCGACAUACAAGAAGCAUAAGCAUGCAUUCGUGUAUGUGAGACAAGGAGGACUCGAAGAGGUCUUGCUUGCCGACAACGAAGAUGAGAUGAACGACUGGUUGGCGAAAUUGAAUUAUGCGGCCGCAUUCAAGACAAACGGGGUACGCAUGAGAGGCGUUCUGGGCAGCAACUACGAUGGCCAAGGGCGAAGAGCUUUCAGGAGGCUGGAUACCGAUGCGGUUCAAACGGCCAGUGGUGAAGUGACGAUUGCGCGCUCGAAAGUUGACCAACAGAUGGCUCAUGACAUUCUGUUUGCACGCCGCGAAAUUAUCUUUCACAAGGUUGCUGAAGCCAAUGAGAAGCUUCAACACGAGGAGAAGAAACUUGAGCAAGCGCUGAGGAAUGCCCGCCACCUUCAAUUACUGGCCCCUGUCCAGCCGAAGACACGAGACCAAAUGCUCAUGGCAGCCGGGCGCAUGGCAGCACAGCUCAAAUGGACAAGGGUCGAGAUCUGCAAAAUCAAGUGCCAUCGCGAUAUUCUCCUCAUGGAUCUCGAAGAAGAGCGGCAGAUGCUAGGGCUCCCUCCGGGCCCAAUGUCAGAAGCCAUCAGCAGUCCCGAGAAGCCCGCCCUAGGCCGGGAGAUCUCGAAGACUAGCAGCGGCACGGUGAUGCCGAGCCCUCUGACUGCCAUACCGACCAACUCUCAGCGCAGCCAAGCAGAAGGUGCAGUGUCAGACGCUGAGUCAGGCCAGGGCGAGGCUUUCCAGACACCGCCAACGAGCGCAGCCGCGUCUUCGUUCCACAAACACCAGAACUCUUGGGAACUGCCCGCCCUGAACUUUGAUCGAACCAGCAUGAGGAAGGCUUCUGUGUCAAGCGCGGUCUCAUCCCACGUAUCUGUCCCUUCUACCCCACCUCGAACGGCCAUCAACACGAACUCCAAGGUUGAUGAGGAGGCCGCUGUCCCUGAUGAUGGCGAGGAUCACCAUGAACCAGACGCACGCGAACGUGAACUCCUGGAACAGGCAGGUCUGCUCGGUGCGGAGGUCACGCGAAGCCCCGAGGCAAUCGAACAGACAAGAACCAUUGAUCUCGAUGCCACACCUGAGCGGCAGGAGCAUACGCCUCACAGCAAUUCCAUGGACAAAGCUGAUAAGAACAAAAUCCGCCGGAGUCUGCAACGUACUCUGAGGGAGGGUGCGGGCCACUUGUCUCAUGCGCGGAGCCGGAAGGGCAAAGAGCCUGCCACGAGUGGCUCGAUGGAUGAUAACGAGUCCGAGAUGCUUACUCGUGGGUCCGGUUCUUUUGUGGUGCAUGGAAAGAAAGCCUCGGUCAUCACCUUUGGAUCUGAGCUCCAGAGCAGUCUGUCGCCCGACGAGCAUCUUCGCGCGCGUAAGGCGUCGCAUGUGGAGGGCAGCGUCGCCCACAGCGACAGCGCCGAGGCAAUGAAUGUGGCCGCUGGCAGCGGCAGCGGAAGCGGAAGCGGAAGCGGCGAUGGUGAUUUCCGGGUUUUCCUGCUUUCAGGCCCGAAGAGUGCCACGAAGCGGCGAUCGUCGGCAGCCAGUACCAGCACGGCGACGGCCAGGAGCUUCAGAGAUCUGCACAGGAAGUAUAGCUCGGCACAGGCGGCCAAGGCGUCCUCCUCGGGCGGCAACCUCACUGUCCCUUCAGACGGCGAAAGUGACCCGGCUCUGAGCUUCUCCGAUGGUAGACGCAGCCCUUUGCUACCGGAGCAUGUCGAAGAGCUGAAGGAAGAGGAAGAGCAUAGUGGCCCGGGAGACAAUGCCGACGGUGAAGACUCGGAGUUCAAGAGCGCAACGAUGAACAAGACGAGGGAGACUUUGUUCUUCACCCCAGAGCCACCAGCAUCCCCAUCCGCCGGCAGUGUGAAGGAGGACUCGGGUGAGGAUCAAAACGACGCCAAGGAGAGCGGCCAAGGGGAAGUAAACCCGGCUGUUUCCGUGCUUGUUUGA